GUCUCCUUGCAGCCCACACUAUUUAAAAUUUUCAUGUGUUGGAUUUGGCUGUCUCUUCUUAGCUUUUGCCUUUGCUAUAAACUUCCAAGUUCCAACACCAUCUUCUCUCUCUCGCUCAUGAUCUCUUUGUUUCUUCUUCCUCCUACUCCUUACCAAAUAUCAAUUGUACUUUUAUGCACAAAGAGCCAUGGGAAGAGCUCCCUGUUGUGACAAAGCUAACGUCAAGAAAGGACCAUGGUCGCCUGAGGAGGAUAAGAUGUUACGAGAGUUCAUCCAAAAGCAUGGUACAGGAGGAAACUGGAUUGCGUUGCCCCAGAAGAUAGGGCUCAAGAGAUGUGGCAAGAGUUGCAGACUGAGAUGGCUGAAUUAUCUCAGACCCAAUAUCAGGCAUGGUGGUUUCUCUGAGGAGGAAGACAACAUCAUUUGUAGACUUUAUACAAGUAUUGGAAGCAGGUGGUGGUCUAUAAUUGCGUCCCAAUUGCCUGGAAGAACCGAUAAUGACAUCAAAAAUUACUGGAACACCAAGCUAAAGAAAAAGCUGCUGGGGAAAAGAAAGGAACAACUACAGGCCUUAAAUUUGCCAUCUACCAAUCACCGAAUGAGUUUGGAAGAUGGCCCAUACUUUGCACGUCCUAGCAUAAACGAACAGCAGAACACUUUGUGGUCUCAACUAGCAUCCUUUCCACACCAAUCAUCCAUUGCACAUCAAGGCCAAGAUCCAACUCUGGACAAUCAAUACUCGUUCAGGUCAUUAUUGAACAUGGUAGUGCCAAAUGGCUCAGAUAUUGAUGAAUUUGAUAAGGGCAGAGUCCCAGUAGGACAUCUCUACUCAUCUUGCUCCACGGCGAAUAACAGUACCAGCUCCAAUGACCAAAGUAGCUUGAACAGUGAUUUUUCUUUUAUUCAAACCGCCGGCUCUUGCAAUGAUGUAGACCAUGAAUCGCUAAUGAUGAACCAAUAUCAAAUGGAGAGAACCAUGUGCAAGAUUUUCAGUGAUGCAGCAUCUGCUGGUAUUCCUGUUGAACCAAGUGACCGCACACAAGCAUUUGAGGGAAUUAUGGACACUUUUUAUGGACUAGAAAACACUAACUGGUCCAGCAUCAAUUCAUCUAUUUGCUGCACAUCUGAUAGUCCUCUUCUACCUCAACAGCACCCUUUGGUGCCAAAUUCCACCUUGGAACCUAACCGCAGUGUGUUAUAGAUUUAGGGUAUGUUGAUUGACACUAUCAUUAAUGUACAUCAGUGUUGUAAAUUUUAUAGUGGAGGAUGGAAGCCUUGGAAAACCAGA